CCGAGACCUAGGACAGCGACAGCGAUGGCCUCUCGUCGCCUCCCAAGUUUAAGGUCAAAACCGACCCUCCAACCGCCAGCAAGCUCCAGACAACAACGAGCCACCACAAAUCCACUCUCACCAACUUCAUCAGAACAUCCCGAAACCCAGGCCGAAGCACCCGUGCCACCGUCCAAGUCCACCAGAUCGCAACACGCCGACGGAGAAACCAACAUCCAGGUAGUCAUCCGGUGCCGCAGGCGGUCCGAACGCGAGAUUCAAGAGAAUUCACCCAUCAUUGUCAGCUCAAAUGGCGCCAAGAGUGACGAGAUUACGAUUGAGACCUCUACUCCCGUAUCCAGCUUGGGCAUCGUAACAUUGCCACCUACUCGCACGUACCCUUUUGACCUAGUAUUCGGGCCAGAGGCAGACCAGGCUAUGAUUUAUCACGAGGUCGUUAGCCCCCUCCUUGAGGAAGUGAUUAGGGGAUACAACUGUACCCUAUUUGCAUAUGGCCAAACCGGCACCGGAAAGACGUAUACUAUGCAGGGCGAUCUGGUCCCUACUCCCAUGGGCAACCCCUCCGCUCAAGCAGGGAUGAUACCCAGGGUUCUGUUUCGCCUCUUUCACCGUCUGGAAACCUCCACCGCGGACUACAGUGUCAAAGUAUCGUUCGUAGAACUUUACAAUGAAGAACUCAGGGAUCUCCUUGCAAAUGAGAUGCUUCCCCCGGCUGGAUCCACACAACCCAUGGGGAAAGGGGGCCCAGUUGACAACCAAGGGGGCCUCAGAAUUUUUGACGAUGCCAGUAAGAAAGGAGUUUUCAUCCAGGGGUUGGAGGAAAUACCAGUCAAGGAUGCCCGUGAUGCACUAGCUCUUCUUACAAAAGGAAGUCAUCGUCGACAAAUUGCCGCUACGAAAUUCAACGAUCACUCCAGCCGGUCACACUCCGUGUUCUCCAUUACAGUCCAUACGAAAGAAACAUCUAAUAUCGGUGAUGACCUCUUGAAGGUCGGCAAACUUAACCUCGUAGAUCUUGCUGGGUCGGAAAACAUUGCACGAUCCGGUGCGGAAAACAAGAGAGCGAGAGAGGCCGGCAUGAUCAAUCAAAGCCUACUAACUCUCGGCCGCGUUAUCAAUGCACUCGUUGAUCGUUCUCCUCAUGUUCCAUAUCGAGAGUCUAAACUCACCCGCCUUUUACAAGACUCCCUCGGCGGUCGCACGAAGACAUGCAUCAUCGCUACCAUCUCCCCUGCACGUUCUAAUAUGGAGGAAACGCUCUCUACCUUGGACUAUGCUAUCCGUGCCAAGUCCAUCCGCAACAAGCCCGAGCUUAACCAACGCAUGACACGCAACGCCCUCCUCAAAGAGUACGUUGCUGAGAUUGAACGCCUCAAGGCAGACGUUCUGGCUGCGCGGGAAAAAAAUGGUAUCUUCUUCUCAGAAGAGAGGUGGAAUCAGAUGACAGUAGAACAAGAGCAAUGUCAGACAGAAAUGGAAGCGGCGAAGAAGCAAGUGGACAUUCUAGAAAGCCAGUUGAGGAGCGUGAGGGAGGAGUUCGAGCAGAGCAUGGCACUACUAAUGAGACGCGACGGUGAACUCAAGGAGACGAAGGAAAAACUGAAGGAGACAGAGGGCGAGCUUGAACAGAAGGAUGGACAGUUAAAACAGGUGAAGGGGGCGUUGGAAGAGGAGAUGAUCGUCCGUCAAGCCUAUCAGGUUAACGAAGGUAAACUGGACGGUGUAGCGUGCGGAUUAAAAGAGGUUGCCACAGAGUGUAUCGAGGAUGUCGGUGCACUCUUCGAUAAACUCCAACGGAAAACGAAGACAUUCACUUCCAAUAUUAAGGUCGUAUCUCACCAAGGAAAAUCGAUAUCCGCGGAGGUGCAGACCCUCUCCGAUAAAUUGGAAGAGUUUAUCAAAGCGGCGGCCCACAGUACCCAAAGCCUCCGAGCAGAAGCCAAAACAUAUCAUGCAAAGGAGCUCGAGACCUUGACGAGUCACUCCGAGCGCAUCGAUCAGCAGUUACAGCGCAUCCAAGAUUCCCUACGCAUAAUAAAUGCUAAGGAUGACGCCUCUGCGGAGGCAUUGGGAAUUCUGCACAGCGCAGUUAAGGACUCGCAGGAGACUCUAAAGAGUUCUUUUGCGGCCUGGUCAGACUCCCUGCGUACGAGCUCACAGGCACUAUCAACGGAACUGUACUCUGCAAACCAAAGUAACUUCGCCGCGGUUGAAAAAGCUUUGAGAGCUAUGGGUUCUGUAAUGGAUACCAUUCUGACUGAGGCACUUGCCUUCGUAAAAGCGGAAGCAGACUCUGCAUUACAAGCGAAAUCCCUCGUCGAUGAAAUCUCGCGUGCUGAAAUUGCUCACCUACAAGCACAGAACGCCAGGCUCCUACAGACCCUUGAAGCCGAAAAAGUCAAAUCUGAGAAGGCAAAAGACGAGCUCGUGCAACGCGUCUCUAGCCUACUGGGAGAAUUCGUUGCUACGCGCGAUCUGGAACUGCGGCAAGCAUUUGGCUCCAUCACGAAAGGCAACACCAAAGUGGAGGAGGCCGUCACCAAUCUGGGCCAGAAACACGAAAGAUUAAUGAAUGAUGCUGCUACUCGCGGCUGCAAGAGGACGCGUGAUGGUGCAUUGAAGUCCGUGGGCUCCGCCCAAGCAUCGUUCAAAGAUGGUCUUUCUGCCAUGCAAGCAUCGCUCGCCACCACGACGACAACCUACUCAGGUGAACUACAACGACACGGGCAGUCAUUACAGGCUUCAUUGAAUAGUGGCCUCGACCGCCAUAACCGAGUGAAACGGGCACGCGUAGAGAGCAUGAACACGAUGGUGGCGGAUGUUCAGAGUGAAUUACGACACGUCCAACGGGGGAUCACAUCUACCUCAAGAAAUGUGGAUAAUUUUGUUGCGCGGGUGGUCUCAGAGGGUGCAAACCUAUCAAACUCUGCAGAACUCUACCAUAAGGCGGUCUCCGGCGAGUUGAAUACUCUACAAGACAUGACGCGGUCGCUGGUCGAUCAAGGGGCACGAGAAGAUGUUCCUACAGGGAUGACCCCGCGCAAGCGCGUGUGGGAAUAUGUCGACAAGUGGGAGUUGACGAAGAGUCGUGAUGUUCUCCUGCAGUCCUGGAGGCAGGGCCACUCGACAGCGAAUUCCAAUCCAACCCCGGUUUCUGAAACAUUCUCUCUUCCUAAUGUCGUCGAGGAGACGGUGGAACAGAUCGUACCAGUGAAAGACGAACCUCUGCCUGUAGCAUCGCCUGUCGCAGCUCCCCCAAUACCACCACCACCAGUGAAAACGGUGGUGGCAAAGUCGGGCUUACCGGCAUUGGCAGCCUUGGCGGAUCGACCAACUAACAUCCUUGGUCCGCGGGGGUCAAGAAGGAUAAGGUAGCAUCGCAACUUAGACGUAGGCUAUACGAUGUGUGUAUGUCCACUAUUUAUCGCAAAUAUUUCAUCUAU